CUAUGUGUUGACUAAAGACUCUUUUAAGUCUUUGUUGAUACUGUUAUGUUUUUCCACAAGACAAUUUUUGGUUGCUCUGCUGCAAAUAACACUAUCUGAAAAAAAUGGCAGAAGUGCUGCUAAGUGCUUCAGUUGAGGUUUUACUUCAAAAGUUACUUUUGCUUGCAACAAAUUGUAAUAGUCAUUUAUGGGGUUCCAAGAAAGAAUUGGAAAAUCUGAGGAGAUGUUUAGCUAUGGCUAGAGCAGUUUUACAUGAUGCUGAGAGGCAACAGAGAAAGGACCAAGCAGUGAAGCUUUGGCUGAAGAAACUUGAAGAUUUAGCUUAUGAUGCUGAUAAUUUGUUGGAUGAGCUCAAUCACACAACACUCAAGAAAAGUGAGUGGAAGGUAUGUUUUGUUUUAUCACUACCAAAUCCACUUUCUUGUAAAAUGAGGGCCAAAAUCAGGGAGAUCAUUGUGAACCUGAAAAUGAUUAAUGAGGAAGCCAAUGACUUUGCUAUCCCAAGGGGAGUUGAGGAUGGAAUUAAUCAUAUCAACCAUAAGGAGACUGACUGUUUCCAUGGUGAUUCCAAUAUUGUUGGAAGGGAGGAUGAUGUUUCAACAAUGGUUGAAUCCCUAAUUUGUCAAACCAACCAAGUAGUUGCAGUUUUCCCUAUAGUAGGCAUGGGUGGGCUAGGUAAAACUACAUUGGCUCGAUUGAUAUACAACGAUGAACAAAUAGUUAGAUAUUUUGAUGAGAGAAUAUGGGUCUGUGUAUCUGAGAAUUUUGAUGUGAACAAAAUUAUUAGACUGGUUUUAGAAUCAUUAACACAGAGAAGUAUUGAUGUGCAAAGUAGGAAUGCUUUACUUCAAAUACUUCACAAGGAACUAGGUGGCAGAAAAUACUUGCUCGUUCUCGAUGAUGUUUGGAAUGAAAAGCUUGAGGAGUGGGAUGAUUUUAAAAGGUCCUUAGUUGGCAUUAAUGCAACAAAGGGAAAUGCCAUUAUUGUGACUACUCGAAGUGAACGAGUGGCAUCCAUAGUAGCAACGCAUCAUCUUCAUUUCUUGGAGAAAUUAUCAGAAGAUGACUGUUGGUCUGUGUUCAAAGAAAGAGCAUUUCCAGAAGGAGAUGUGCCAAUGGAAUUGGUACCAAUUGGUAAACAAAUUGCGCACAAGUGUAGUGGUUUGCCUUUAGCAGCUAACUUGCUUGGAGGAAUGUUGCGUCUCACGAAAGAAACCAGUGAGUGGUCAUUAGUUUUGAGAAAUGGCCUCUGGAACUUAAACGGGGAUGAAAAUGCAGUCUUGCAAGUGCUGAAGCUGAGUUUUGAUCAUUUGCCAUCAACAUCUGUUAAGAAGUGUUUCGCCUAUUGUUCAAUUUUCAGUCGGGAUCAUGACAUUGAAAAGGAUCAACUGGUACAAUUAUGGAUGGCUGAAGGAUUUCUCCAACUAAGCCAAGGAGAUCAUUUGAAAAUGGAAAGCUUGGGAAAUGAGUUCUUCAACAUUUUGUUGCAAAAUUCCCUAUUACAGGAUGUGAAAAGAGAUGACUAUGGUAACAUUACCCAUUGUAAGAUGCACAGCCAUGUUCAUGCUCUUGCUCAAUCAAUUUCGAGAUAUGAAGGAUUUAAUAUAGGGUGCAGUACUGAAGAUGGCCAUCCACAUGUUCGAUAUCUUUCAAUGAAGUCCUUAAGGGAAUCAAUGCCUUCAGUUGUCAAGGAAAGAGCAAGAUCUUUACGCACCUUGUUUUUAGCAGAUAAUGUUUCUGGGAGCAUGUUAUCAAACUUCAAGUAUUUGCGUGUAUUAAGUUUCCAUGGUGUUGACGUUGCUGAGGUACCCUCAUCAAUCAGCAAGCUAAUACAUUUAAGAUAUCUUGAUCUAUCAGGCACCAAAAUUCGAGCUUUAGCAGAUUCACUUUGCAUGCUUUUUAAUCUACAGACUUUAAGAUUAAAUGGAUGUGACUUUCUUGAGAGUAUUCCGAGUCAGUUGAGCAAGUUGAAAAACUUGAGACACCUACACUAUUAUUCAUUCGAUGCAACUUGUCUAAUGCCAUUCAAGAUGGGACAAUUAACUUGUCUGCAAACAUUGCAAUUCUUCAAUGUUGGUUAUGCUGAUGGUCAGCAAAUUGGUGAGAUUGGAUUUUUGAAGGAACUUGGAGGUGAUCUUGAAAUAAGAAAUCUUGAGAAAGUAACUAACCAGCAAGAAGCUCGAAGUGCAGAUCUGUGUAGAAAGGAAAAUAUUUAUAAGUUAAUAUUUCAAUGGAGCAGUGGGAGGCAAGACACAGUCAAUGAUGAUUCUGUCUUGGGAGGCCUUGAACCUCAUCCAAAUUUGAAAAGCUUGACAGUCCAGAACUUCAUGGGUGACAAGUUACCCACAUGGAUUAUGACAAUGAUGGUCAGUACUAUUGAGGGGCACUUACUGGGACUUGACAAUCUGGUGGAGAUCAAAUUAAAAGGCUGUAGAAAGUGUGAAGAACUACCAAUGCUUGGGCACCUACCGCAUCUCAAAUAUCUAGACCUCACUGGACUGGAUAAUUUGAAAACCAUAAAUCGUUCCUUUUAUGGUAGAGACUUUCUCAGAUCAAGAACCUAUCAAGGUGAUAAUACGAAUAUCGCAUCAUUCAGAUCACUAAAGAGACUCGUUUUCUGCAACAUGCCCAACUUAGUUGAGUGGACUGAACCAGAAGAGGUGACAACAGAGAAGGUGUUCCCUCACUUGGAGGAAAUAGAAAUACACAACUGUUCACAAUUAACUACCACUCCAUGUUCUUUCCCCAGCCUGGAGGAAUUGAGGAUUUCAAAUGUUAGCAGUUACCAGCCGUUGGAAAAUAUAUGCAGUAGUGAUAACUCAUCAGGUCUUACAUUCCUACAUAUUGAUGGGUUGCUGGAGCUUGCUUGCCUUCCGGACAAUCUUCUUAACAAUGUUAAGAAUCUGGUAUAUCUAGCUAUAUAUAAAUGUCCUAAUUUGGUGCAUGUUGUUCCACGUGUGAGAGGUUUUGGUUCCUUUCUUCGUGUGUUGGAUAUCAAAGAGUGCACUAAUCUUAGCACGUUACCUGAUGAUCUACAAACUCUUCAGUCUCUUGCAAUGCUGUGGAUAUCUAGAUGUCCAAAAAUUACGUCAAUCCCAAGCUUGGAAGGCCUGACGACUCUGGAAGAACUGAGAAUCAGCUACUGUGACGAGUUGGCUUCUCUGCCAAAUGAAAUGCUGCUGUCCUGCAUGUCUCUGAAGUCUUUGAGCAUAGAAAACUGUGUUAAUUUAACCUCCUUUCCUAAUUUGAAACAGUUGCAUUCCCUUUUAUCCUUGAGAAUUGUUGAUUGCCCACAGCUGACUUGUCUCCCCAAGGGGCUUCAUUCUCUUUCUUGCUUAAACUACUUAAGAAUUGGUCCAUUUUCAGAGGAUCUCACUUCAUUUCCGAUUCUUGAUUACGAAGACGCUCCUAACAGUGAGAUACAUGAGGAAAACUUGCAACUUUUCUCUCUUAGAAGUUUAACACUUUUUGGGCGACCUCAUUGGGACUCUCUGCCUGCAUGGCUUCAAAGUCUUUCUUCUUUAGCAGAACUACAUCUUUAUGAUUUUGGAUUUGAAGCUGUGCCUGAAUGGAUAAAAAACAUGUCUUCCCUAGAACGAUUGGGCCUAUACUGGUGUGAAAAAGUGAGUUUUCUUCCCUCCAUUGAAGCCACAAAAUGCCUUGUCAAACUAAGAGAAGUGGAGAUUUACAAUUGCCCUUUAUUGAGUGAAAGAUGCUCUUCUUUGAGUGGCUCUAAUUCUGAAUGGUCUAAAAUUUCUCAUAUAAACCAAAUCAAAGUUGAUGGUAAACAAAUCACAUCCGAGGCUACUUAUGAAGUGUUACCAUCUCCAACUCUCACAAAAAAAGAAAAAAAACGGAGGAAGAAAUAAGGUGAAGAGCAACAACUAGAUGCAGACUUCCUUCUGUUUUUCCUCCUUUUGAUAGAUGAUAUCUGUGUGAGGAAGCUAUCAAAGAUGACAGAAAAUCUAUGCUUAAUGGGGUAGGAAUUGCAACUGGAUCAGUUAUGGAGAUCCAGAAGUUGUUGGUUAUGGUCCCUGGAGAAGUUCUCUUGGUUUCACUUCAUGCUGUCACUUCUGUUUCCAGGUACAUGCAUAACAGUCCAAACACAGACACAAAAGUAUAUAUGGUCAACAGGUAAUUAUAAGAUAUAUGGGUGGGUAAGACAUGUAGCGUAACAACUGUGUAACAGUUUCUUUCACCAAUAUGAAAUUGUACUGUGAUUCAAUUACUUACUACUAUAUCUCUAAUGACCUGAAUAAAAGAGCUAAGUGAA